UUCUAAUAAAAAUUUCACUUCUCUCUCUCUCUCUCUCGUUUCUCUCUCUCAUUGUCGGUGUACGCAGAUCUUGUGCACUCCACGCUCUUGGCACCUGCUUUCUGCUGUUGUUCUUGCGGAUUGGCUUUGUGGGGUGUGACAAAUUGUGGUUUUUCUGUUGAGAGUAGCUGAAAGGUGGGUUUUUGUGUGGAAAUGAGGGCGCUUUUGCUGGUGGGGUGGUGGAGUGUAUGAUAAUAAUAAAGGGUGGUGGUUUUUGGUUUUGAAGAUUGUGGCUUUGGAAAGGGAAGGAAGGUGCAUGUGGGAUCCCAAUUGGGUUCUAUGUUUGGUGAAGAAGGGUUUGGGGGAAGAAGGGAGAAUAAGCUGCUGGGAUUGUUGUGGGUUUGUGAUAAUGAGCAGGGGUAGGUGGGGGAAAUGUGGGUGAGAGUAAGGGUGUAAAAAUAUUUGUUUCAUUUUAUUUUAUUGAAGGAGUAGAAUUUGGGAACUAGGUUUUGUUAAGUUUGGGCUUGAUCUUCACCCCAUAGGGAAGUUUUGGAGAAUUUGUGGGUGUCAGGGGAAAAUGCAGCAAGAUCACAGGAAAAAGAGUUCAGCUGAGAUGGACUUUUUCUCCGAAUAUGGUGAUGCCAACCGGUACAAAAUUCAAGAAGUCAUUGGGAAGGGAAGUUAUGGUGUUGUCUGUUCAGCCAUUGACACUCACACAGGUGAAAAAGUGGCAAUUAAGAAGAUUCAUGACAUCUUCGAGCAUAUAUCCGAUGCUGCUCGUAUUCUCCGUGAGAUAAAGCUGCUUAGACUUCUACGACAUCCUGAUAUUGUUGAAAUAAAACACAUUAUGCUGCCUCCGUCAAGGAAGGACUUUAAAGAUAUUUACGUUGUUUUUGAGCUCAUGGAGUCUGAUCUUCAUCAAGUCAUUAAAGCCAAUGAUGACUUGACAAAAGAACACUAUCAGUUUUUUCUUUACCAAUUACUUCGAGCACUGAAGUACAUUCACACGGCAAAUGUCUAUCAUCGAGAUUUGAAGCCAAAGAAUAUACUUGCUAAUGCGAACUGUAAGCUUAAAAUAUGUGAUUUUGGGUUAGCUAGAGUUGCCUUCAGUGACACACCAACAACUAUAUUUUGGACGGAUUAUGUUGCUACAAGGUGGUAUAGAGCUCCAGAACUAUGUGGAUCAUUUUACUCUAAGUAUACACCAGCAAUUGAUAUAUGGAGUAUAGGUUGCAUCUUUGCUGAAGUACUAACAGGAAAGCCACUUUUUCCUGGGAAAAAUGUAGUUCAUCAAUUGGAUCUGAUGACAGAUCUGCUUGGAACUCCUUCACUAGAUACUAUAUCUCGGGUACGUAAUGAGAAGGCAAGGAGAUACCUAACUAGCAUGAGGAAAAAGCAGCCUGUGCCAUUUGCUCAAAAAUUUCCCAAUGCAGACCCUUUAGCACUAAGGCUACUGGAAAAGUUGUUGGCUUUUGAUCCAAAAAACCGACCUACUGCUGAAGAGGCUUUGGCUGAUCCUUACUUCAAGGGACUGGCAAAAGUUGAGAGGGAACCAUCCUGCCAACCUAUCACGAAAAUGGAAUUUGAAUUUGAAAGACGAAGAGUCACAAAGGAAGAAAUUCGAGAGCUGAUUUUCCGUGAGAUUCUAGAGUAUCAUCCUCAACUAUUGAAAGACUACAUGAAUGGAACAGAGAGAACUAAUUUUCUUUAUCCAAGUGCUGUUGAUCAAUUCCGAAAGCAGUUUGCUCAUCUUGAGGAAAAUGGUAAAAAUGGCCCUGUUAUGCCACUUGAUAGAAAGCAUGUUUCUCUUCCAAGGUCAACAAUUGUACAUUCAAAUACAGUACACCCAAAAGAGCAAACAAAUAUUGCUUCCAGCAAAAACCGACCAACAGCCGAGGAAUAUAACAAGCACCCCAGGGAUACAGAAAUUCCAGUGCCUAGGUCAAUGCAGGGACCACAAAGAAUUCCACUAGCAAAACCUGGAAAAGUUGUUGGGCCCGUUGUUCCUUACGAGUACGGUAACAUUGUCAAGGAUUCAUAUGAUCCUAGGUCAUUUAUCAGAGGUUCUGUGCUUCCUACACAACCUGUUCCCCCAGCAUAUUAUUAUCAAAGAUCCAGCACUGGAAACCAAGAAAGGCCAUCAACAGAAGCUGACAAGAGUGUGCCUUUGCAGGCAAAACAUGCACAACAAUGUGGAGUUAAUGCCAAGAUGGCACCAGAUAUAGCUAUUAAUAUUGAUACAAAUCCCUUUUUUAUGACCAGGGCAGGAGUUAACAAGUUAGAGCAAGGUGAUCAAAUAGCCAUAGAGACAAACAUGCUGCAGCCAAAGGCACAUCAAUAUGGUGGAAUCAGUGCUGCAGCUGGGGCCACUGCUCAUAGAAAAGUUGGUCCUGUUCAGUAUGGUAUGACAAGAAUGUUUUAGAAGGGUGUUUUUCUUGUGAAUAUUUUGGCCAGGGGGAGCAAUCCUUGUAGAGAAAAAGGAACUUUUUAGGGAUGGAGCUGCUGUAGUCUCUGGUGAUGGUUUGUAUAAAAAUGAGAGAGUGAGGGGCUUAUUAGAGGCAGUGCUUCCCUAGGAACAGUGCCAGCUUUCUCUGGCCUACAAAGGUAUGAACUUUGGUUACAACUAUCAAAGAGACUGUUGACAAUGAAAUUGAGUCCCUAUCUUGUAAGUCAAUCCAUAACCAUUUUAGGUGUUUGCAGUGAAGACACAACCUUGAAACAAAUGUCUUGGAUGUUUGUACUUUUAAUUGGAUUAAUGAAAUUUUACAAACAGCAUCA